AUGGCUGCUCCGUUAUCUUCUCCUGUUGUUCAUUUUCUUCUUCAUCUGUUCGUCUUUAUUUCUUUCUCGAAUGCUCAGACACCUACAAACGCCGGUAUAAUCAUCGACCUUGAGAGAGAUCCAGCAACACUUCAAUAUAUUGUCAAAGUCAACCUAGGAACUCCACAAGUGGAAGUAAAACUAGUAGUCGAUCUUGCUGGGGAAUUACCCUGGUUUAAUUGUCAUGAGGGAUACGAUUCAUCAUCUGUUGAGCCAAUUAUCUGCACCUCACCCAUCUGCUCCCAAGCAGAAAAACCAGUUGGUACAUGUGCUGAGCCUGAGAGCGAAACAUGUAGCAUUAAUUUAAGAAACCCCGUAACUCGGUCUAUAGGACAAGGUGAGCUCAUUUCAGAUAUUGUGUCUGUUACAUCAAAUCCUGAUAGCCAGGCGACACCGGUUCUUUCAAGUCGUAGUUUUGCAUUUGGUUGUGCAGCUAAUAGUAAUAUCUUAAGUGGAUUUGCUACAUCCUCUAAAGGAGCUGCUGGUCUUGGGCGUUCAUCGGCUCUUUCUCUACCUUCACAAUUUGCUGAUGGUUUUCAAUUCCCAAAUAUAUUUGCUGUGGAUUUACAUGAUGGUAUUACUGAUGAAAAAGUACUUGAAAGAAGCGGUAAGAUUUAUUUUGGAGGCGGACCUUACAUUCAUUAUUUAUGGGGCAUUUCGGAUUUGGCUGAUAGAGUUUUAACUUACACACCACUCUUGAUUAACCCAAAAAGAAAGGAUGAAUAUUUCGUCGAUGUUAAAUCGAUCCAGGUACAUGGUGAAACUGUACCAAUAGACGAAAAUUUGUUGUCCAUUGACGACACAACUGGGAUGGGAGGAACGAAAAUCGACAUUGGAGUUCCUUAUACUACUUUGGAGACGUCAAUCUACAAGGCCUUCAUUAAAGCUCAUACUGAAUGGGUUGAUCGCCUGAAUAUUGCUAAUGCUGAAUUGAUGGAUUUUCCCAACAUUACUAUUGUUGCUCCGGUUGCGCCUUUUACUGUGUGUUAUGACUCAUCAACCAUUAUUAUUCGAGGGCCAUCUGUUGUAAAUAAUGUGGCACCUAGUGUAUCUUUCGUCUUUCCCACAAGUGUUUGGAACAUCUCUUUUUUCGAUCUAGUCAUAGCUGAGGAGGGUGUUGCAUGUGUAGCCUUUGUUGAUGGUGGUUUAAAUCCUAUCACUUCCAUUGUUAUAGGUGCACGUCAGAUAGGAUUCCUAGAGUUUGAUAUUUCAAGAUCGAGAUUGGGGUUCGAGGAACCAAAUCUUAAAGAAUGUGUUGGUUGUUAA